GCUGAAACUACGUGAAAAAAAGGCACUGCGUACCGUGUAAAAGACCCUGACGGCGUAUAGAUCACGUAGCAAUUGUUUUCUUACUGGCCGAGCCAACAAGCAAUCAAAUUUUGCCUCAUAGCCCGCGUAGCAGCGCAGGGUGCAAAAGUGCAGCUACAAGCUUCUCCUCGGCAAUCAAGGGUAUAGCGGGCUGAGCGCCGGUCGAAAAGCCAAGCGGCGGCGGCGCGGCCGCGCGUCUGUGCAAGAAACCCGAGAAACGCAUCGAUAAGAAAGCAAACGCGUCGAUACUGAGCGCUCGCAAAGCAAUAACAUGUCGCGCGCGGCGCACGACGCCAUCGGUGAUGUAUUAAACCUCGAGGAGGGCUGCCCCUUCGGCAACGCCGCCAGUCGUUUAACAAGAGAAACCGCAAACGACAAGGAGGCUGGAGCCGCUCUGGCCGGCGCGUUCGCGGGCGUGACCGCCGCGGGCUUCGACGAGGACAACGCCGCUAGAGCGUUAGCUGCAGUAGCAGCAAGGAGAGGCGCGCGCAAUACGACCAGCAGAGCCGCGCUAGAUUGGCUGUGCCUGCGGCUAUCGUACGACGAGCUCCCAAAAACGUUUCGGGAGGAUGAAGUGGAAGAAGAUCGAGUGAAAAGAAAUGCGUCGCAAGGCUCUUUGGAGGUCAUUUCGCGAGGUGCCCCGGAACCGGAGAAGGAGGAGCCACCUAGUUUAUUGGGCCUCAUGGGUCUGAAGGAGGAGCCGCCCAAGCCACCACCGAUACAAGUGCCCGACGCGCCUCCACCUGAGGCUGAGAGAGCUCCUCGACGGAAAGAUUCCGACGAGGAAGCCCUGAAGCAGUACGCCUUGCAAGCCGUAUUGAGACAGGAGGCCGAGGCCAAAGCUGCGGAAAUCAAAGCUAAGGAAGAAGAGCAGCGCCAAAGGGAGUUCGACGCGUUGCCCGACGACCAGAAGCGCGACAAAUUAGAAGCGACGCUACGAGAUUUGAGGCAGAAGCACGGCGCGCUCAAAAAAGCUCGCGCGUACGACGAGAUGAAUUCUGUCGGCGAGGACAUCAAAAGAGCGAAUGAUGAGCUACGAAAACUCCCGGAGCGGCCCAAAAAACUCGAGGAGCCCAAGCCCUGUGCUGCCUGCGGCACGGACAAACCGAGAGGAAACUACUCGAAGGCCCAAUGGAAGGCCUCGUCGUCGUCAAGACGGUGUCUCGGGUGCGUCGCGGCCAACAGAAACGUGUCUAGAUCGAGAUCCGGCUCGGCGGCGUCCAUGGGCAGCCACGUGUCGCAGGUGUCUACGACGGUUACCGAGGAGGACGAGGGCGUCGGCGCCAUGUUCGCCGAAGCAGAGGCGGCAGUUGUGGAGAAAGUCGAGCCCAAGGAGACCGUGGCGCGACCGCCGUCGCCGCCGGCCGUCGUGUGGUCCGGCGCGACGCCUCGCGAGAAAUUGGAGCAGUGGUGUCGCGAACGCGGCAAUCCCAAGCCGUCCUACGAAGUUGCAUCUAGAACUACGGUACGAUGCAGAGUGUGGGCUCUGUCUCGAGAACGAGUCCAGCGAAAGACCGCUCGAGCCAACAAAGGUAGUAAACCACCACCUGGUACACAACCGACCGUCAACCUCAUAGCAGACGCCGAAGACCCGAUGCUGCGGCCCUGGGCGAAGUCGCGAGCUUGUAGUGGAGGUCCGUCGAAGGCGCCGCACGAUCUGGCGGCGUGCAUGGCGCUGUAUGCUCUCGCGCCGGAUUUACCUUUGUAUAGGGUCUUACCACCACCCUUCAAGCAGUGGUGGACGGCGAAACUGGACAAGAUCAAGGCCGAGAAGGAGGCCGAGGCGUCACUGAGCGCCGUGGAGAAGCAGCGCCGGUCGGACAAGAUCAUCGCUGAUGUGGUGAGGAGAGUGUUACUCCACGCGGCGGCGGCGGACGACGAAGCCGCGGAUGCUGCUGAAGAGCAAGAGCUGGAAAAGAGGGAGAAGGUUCCAGCAAAGAAAGUAGAAACAGAGGAGCCCCAGGAGUCGUGGGAGGAUUUACUGGAGAGUGAUGACGACGACGCGUGGGACGCUGACAAGGAGCCCACGUCGCCUAUCGUGGAAGAAGUAGUGGAGGAUAUCGAGGAGUUAAGAUCACGAGGCGACGAGCUACGGACGUGGUGGUUGGAUAGGAAGGCUUCUCCAGAGUACGCUGCCAUGAGGGAUCAACGAGCCUCGUUACCAGCAAAUAAUGCGCGGGAGUCCUUCGUGCAACUCGCGGGCGAUGCGACGCGGGACUGCCACCGGGAUCGUGUGGUGGUAUGUGGCGAGACCGGGUCGGGGAAGACGACGCAAUUACCUCAUUACUUGUUGGAUGCUGCUCUUUGUGCUGGUGGGGAACGGGCGGCGCGCAUCAGGAUUGUCGUGACGCAACCUCGACGAGUAGCGGCGACGUCCGUCGCGACGAGAGUCGCCCAGGAGUGCGGCGAGGACGAGAUUGGUGGUCUUGUCGGAUAUCAUAUAAGGCACGAGCGCCGCUGUUCGUCUCGGACGAAGAUCUUAUUUUGCACGGCUGGAGUGUUGUUGAGAUGUUUGCGAGGCGCCACGUCAACCCACAGCGAUGGAGACGACGGCGCGGACUUCGUAAGAAAUGCGACGCAUAUAGUCCUUGAUGAGGUACACGAGAGAGCAGCAGACAGUGAUCUGUUAUUAGCGGCUCUAAGAAGGACGGUGGCAGCACAACAUAGACGGGAAAAAGCUAGAAAACUCUCCCUCGUGUUAAUGUCGGCUACGUUAGAUGCGCAGCUCUUCCAGAAGUACCUAGAUGCCGCGUUGCGAGGUUCAGAGAAGGCGCAGACGACGCCGUUAGUUACUAUAUCCGGUAGGGCCCAUCCCGUGCAAAAUUACUUUUUGGAAGAUGUCGUGGCGGCGACGGGGUAUGUGGCUGCGGCCUGUGGCGGUAACGAUCGCGAAGUAGGUAGGCGGAACGAGGGCACCGAGUCCGUAAGGACUGUAAGGCAAUCGGAUAAAAGUGAUGCGGACCAGUUGGUGGAGCGAGCCGUCAACCGCUACAAAGCGGAAGAGGAGGAGAACGGCUGGAAUAUACAUAAGCUCGACUACGACCUGGUGAUUGCAGCCAUCGAGGCCGUGGUGGAGGGCUGCUUUCCCUCUGCUACGAAUGAGGUGGCCGAGAGCUGGGAAGAUACGGAAGAGGAGGUCGAUGAUGGCGCCGUUCUGGUCUUCCUGCCGGGUGUGGGCGAGAUCCGGCGUUUGGCAGAUCGCGUGAUGGCGUCUCGUCGCUUAUCUCAUUGUUUAUGUGUGGUACUACAUGCGAACGCCCCGCGAGAAGAUCAGCGGGCGGCCUUCGCCCCAGUACCUCAUGGGUAUGCUCGUAAAAUUGUACUGGCCACAAAUGUGGCUGAGAGCAGUGUUACCAUACCUGACGUAACCUGUGUCGUCGACUGCGGCCGCGUCAAGGAAGUGAGGCACCAUCGCCACGGCUCCGAGAAGUUGUUUUCUGCUUGUCCGACGCUGGAAACGGCCUGGUGUUCUCGGGCUUCGGCUCGGCAACGAGCUGGUCGGGCUGGUAGAGUUCGGCCUGGCGUAUGUGUCCGGUUAUAUACGCAGGACCACUUUGAACAACGACUGCCGGACCACCAGGAACCGGAAUUACAAAGGGUACCGUUAGAAGAGUUGAUACUAUCCACCAAAGCCACCUGCGACGAUGCGAAAAGGUCUAAGGAUUCCGAGUUCUUCGCUUCAGCGGCAGAGUGGCUGCGGGACUGCGCCCAGCCGCCGCCUCUCCAUGCCUUGUCGGCGGCACUCUCGGAGCUUGUGAGUGUGGGUGCUUUAGUCUUGGUCGACGAAGAGGAGCAGUCGUGGGGCGCCAUUGAACAGUCGUUGCAUGCCGGUUCGGAUGAAAAGUUACUACUGUCUCCACUAGGACGGCAUCUCGCUAGACUACCGGUGCAUCCUAGACUAGGAAAGAUCCUGGUCUAUGGGACGUUGUUGGGCUGCGUCGGACCCGUUUUAUCAGUAGCGGCGGCCGUCGGUUCGGGUGGCCGGCCGGACGCCGUCUGGGCGCCGGAUCCGGGCCGGGGGCAACGCGAAGAGCGGAAGAAGCUCUGCCCGCCGCGGGCGGACUUGGUGGCCUGUGGGAGGGCGUUAGAUGCGUGGAGGGAAGCUAGAGGCGGCGCGCGGCAGUUGUUAGCGAAGAAGCUAGGAUUGCACGAGCCGGCGUUGAGAGAUGCACUGGAUGCGCGGGACCAUUUUGUCCUUGUACUUGAGAGAGCUGGUCUACUAGCACGGGGCACGGCGGACGAAGCUAGAUCUCACGCGAACAGACAUGCUGCGAACGCAAAUGUCAUUGCUGCGGUGUUAGUGGGUGCUCUAGCUCCCCAUGUCGCGCGCGUCGACGCUGUGGCGCAGAACGGCUCGAAAGGUUCGCUGAAUGCCUCGCAUACGGAGUUAAGUGUACCGAAGAUAGCUUCAGCAAAAGCCUCCGGCGAAGACACGUCCACGCAACGUAUAAGACCGGCCGUGCGCUUCGAUCGAGCUCGACUGGCCCAGUCGUCGAUGUUAGCAGCUUCCGAUCUGGAUGAGAAGGCGUGCCACGUGGCCUUUUUCUCGAGGAGAUGGGAGGCGGGCCGCGGGCGGUUGUUGCUGGGAGGCUGCGCCGUGGCGACGCCCUUCGCACUGUUGCUGAUGUACCCGGGCGACGUCGACGUGGCCCACGCGAAACGAGAGGUCACGAUCGCGCGCUGGAUCCGCCUCGUGAAGACGCCGGCGCGGACCGCGGUUUUACUGAGGGAAUUAAGACGGGAGCUGAACGCGACGCUCGCCGAGUUAUUUGAACGGCCGCCGGCGUCGUCGGGCCUGAGCGACCACACGACGUCGGCGAUCGACGUCGUGGCGCGCUUGUUACAAGAGGAGCCGACGCGGGCGAUCGUCGGGGAGUGAUUUCGUGAUAUUGACCAUAAGUUCUUAAGUGUUACUACG